AUGGCCCCCGAUCCAGCAGAGAUGACAGCAAAGGAAACCCUGGAUACAGGGGUCCCUGCAGGGGAGCUCAAGUUAAGUCCUGAACACGGGCUUGAGGAGGAACUCAAGAGACUCAACCAAGUAACAAGCUAUCAGAAAGACACGCUCAGUGAGGAAUACACAGCUGUCAGUGAUGCUGUUCUGUGCAGUGAGGAGCUGUUUUGCAGGAUCUGCCAUGAAGGCGGGGCCUCAGAGGAGCUGCUGUCCCCCUGUGAGUGCUCUGGAAGUCUGGCCAUGGUGCACCAGGUCUGCCUGGAACACUGGCUCACUGCUUCUAACAGCAGCCACUGUGAACUCUGCCACCACCAGUUUGUCCUGGAGCACCUGCCAAAACCUCUCACUGAGUGGCUAGGAUCUCCAUCUGUAAAGCAGCAGAGAAGAACACUGUGUGGUGAUGCAGUGUGUUUCCUGUUUAUCACUCCACUAGCCAGCCUGUCAGGAUGGCUGUGUGUUCAGGGAGCCAGAGACCUCUACUACACCAAUGGCAUGGAGGCUCUCGGCCUGCUGGUUCUCACACUGGCCCUUUUUACCAUAUACAUCUUUUGGACUGUGGUGUCUGUGCGCUACCAUAUGCACCUUUUCAAGAUGUGGAAGAUGACCGACCAAAGAGUGCGACUUCAAGUUCCCCUGCAAGCCCACACCACAUCAAACUCACAGGCCAUGCAUAUAACUACCCACAGCAAAGCCACCAAUAAGGAGACUAUGGUGUAGACAGGAGUCUACAAUUAUUAUCAAGACUCGGAUAUAAGGGGAACAACGCUCAAGACAUCCUUGAAAUGAAGAGCCGACUUUCAACUCAAGUCAUGAAAGGAAUUGAAGAUCCCCACAAGAGCUGGAGGACAGUUGAACUGGUCAGCUGUUAAACUUUUCAGUCACUGUUGACACCUGGGGAAGAACGAUGAAGACGUUUCACAACCUUCAUGGGAUUUGAAUCAGCAGUCAUUCUAGUAACUUUAGGUAGCUUCAGCUAUUUUCUGAUCCACCAUGGCCACCACCAUCAAGAUUUCUUGAUAUAGUCAUAG